AUGAUAACGGACUAUGUUCAACUGACCUUGACUCAGAUUAAAACAUAUACUAAUUCUUACUUGGACCUUUGUCAAUUGUCGAAGGAUAUGGUAAGGCGGUCGAGUGCAAGCCUACUCGCCCCUCAGUUGGCGUGCCAAAACUCCCCUGGACCGGCAGCGUCAGCACCGCCUCUCCCUGCCCCCGCAUCACCCCCUCGAAUAGUUUCAGUGCCCCCCGUACCCCAACUGCCAUCUGAACAAAAUCCCCAACCGACGCAAGAAGACGGCGUAAGAUUACGGCGGGCCCAUACAGUUGCCGUCAGAGAUUACCUGAAAAGGGAAACGCAGACGUUUUUCGGAGUACAAAAAGAUAAUGAAAGGGAACAAAGAAGACUGUGGCAUGAGAGGCGGAGGCGGCAUGCGGCCCGGACCUUGGGCGAUCUUCGAAUUGACCUACCACCGGAUUAUCAUCCGGAUGAUGAUGAUAUUAGUAUGUACGGAGCAUCAGGCGCAGCACCAAGAGAGGCCCGGGGGCGAAGUCGAGAGCGGCCCGACGUGCUUCCAGCGCCGGCGCCGCUCGAGCCAGCCGCCCCGCCGCCCGCCCCACCCGGGAAAGACAGCGUGGCGCGGCUUACGCUCACCGGACUCUCUUAUGUUGUUACUGCGGUGACGAGACGAUCACGUCAGUCGACGUCAGCGCAGUGGUCGCGAUCAUUUCGGGGCAGUGCGAGCAGUCCUCACGAGGAAGUCGAUUUUGACGACGUCUUCUUCGCCCCCACCUCAUCAGCACUUAGUCAGCACCAUGAUGAUGUUGAUGCAUCUGAAGGACCGAAAAGUGCGCGGUCACCUCUUGGAUCUUCUGGCGUGGAGUACAGAAGGCCCGAGAGGAGUGUGUCGUGGGGGGCGGGGGGUGUUCGCAUCCACACUCCCAUGUUGGAACCACUUGCAGAUAACUCGAAUAGGAGGCAGUUCGGAAUGGGUGUCGUUGGAAGAUUUUUCCGACGAUCCCUUCGCAAAUCAGUGACACAACAAGGGGAAAUCGCGCAACAGUUAGACGAGCUGACGGACUACCGGCCUUACUUCACGUGGUGGGUCAGCACAGUUCAGACCCUGGUGCUUCUUUUGGCCUUGCUUUGUUAUGGCUUCGGACCAGUCGGCUUCGGUCGGCACACGCACACGGGACAAGUUAUGUUGAAGAGUCUUAGCUUACAACAGGUUGAAUGGGAAGAACCAGCUUCAUUUUGGUUGGGACCACGGGCGGCGGAUCUCAUACAUUUAGGAGCUAAGUUUGCACCAUGCAUGCGAAGGGACGCGAGAAUAGCAAGAGCGAUAGCUGCAUCUGCGAGAAGAGAGAGAGAUACAGCCUGCUGUAUACGGAAUGACGAUUCGGGAUGUGUACAGUCUUCUAAAGCGGAUUGUUCGAUAAGAGGAUUAAUACCAAAGAACACAAUAUCAACGUGGAAAAAAUGGUCUUCUGGCGAUUCGGGACCUGGGGGUCGGAUAUCAGGCUCAGUUUGUGGAUUAGAUCCAAAAUUCUGUGAAGCACCGCGUUCAAUAGCACCUCACGAAUGGCCAGAUGACAUAACAAAAUGGCCGAUCUGCCGCAAGUCGGUAUUAGAUGGGUCCGCAGCGGCUGGCAGAGCAGGGCAUGCAGCUGAGCAUAUGGCAUGCGAGGUUAUAGCGCAUCCAUGCUGCAUAGGCGUUCAUGGCCAGUGUGUUAUCACCACAAGCGAACAUUGCUCGUUCGUCAAAGGGUACUUCCACGAGGAGGCAUCAUUAUGUUCACAGGUAUCUUGUCUGGACGAUGUCUGCGGUAUGUUACCGUUUAUGCGGAGACGGCGUCCCGACCAAUUGUACCGGGCAUGGACAUCUCUGUUCGUACACGCUGGCCUUUUGCAUUUAGCAGCAUCUCUUGCUCUGCAGUGGCUCUUCAUGAGGGACCUAGAGAAAAUGGCGGGCCCAGUUAGAAUAGCUGUUGUGUAUUUGGGUAGUGGAGUCGCGGGUAACAUGGCGUCAGCGAUCUUCGAACCGUAUAGAGCCGAGGUCGGUCCAGCGGGAGCGCACUUCGGCCUUUUAGCGUGUUUAAUAGUGGAAGUGAUAGGUGCGUGGCCUAUACUGAGGCAUCCGAAGCGCGCGCUAAUGAAACUUAUCGGACUGGCGUUAGCCUUAUUUUUCGUGGGACUCCUGCCGUGGAUUGACAAUUUCGCCCACGUGUUCGGUUUUGUGUUUGGGUUUCUUCUGUCAUACGCUCUGUUGCCGUUCGUGACGUUUGGGCCAUACGAGCGGCGGAGGAAGAUCGUUCUGGUGUGGGUGUGUCUGGUAUCCGCCGGAGGGAUGCUGUGUGCGCUGAUAGCGUUGUUCUACGCAGCUCCAGCGUACGAGUGUGCGGCGUGCGCGUACUUCACGUGCCUGCCGUUCGCGCCUGACAUGUGUGCGUCGCAAGAUGUGCGCGUGCGGCAGAUGGACGGCGUAUGA